GGCUAGCAUGAAAAUGGCUUUGAUUCGUGUUACUCUCUUGUUCUUGUCCUGCUUGACUAUUGUUUUCUCCUACUCGAAUGGUCCACCAACUAGCCAGUGCAGUGGUCUCACUCCUACCGGCCACCCUACUUCAUCGGGUGGCAGUAAUCCCGGUGGCUUCUAUAUUUACUCUGACCUCAUUGACUGUAAUGGAGCCUACAAUGCCAGCCAAGCAUAUACGAUUCGACUUGAAGGUAGCCAAGAUUUUAAAGGUUUCAUCAUUCAGGCUCGCGAGUCCGGAACUUCUAACUUGAUUGGUACCUUCUCCAGCCUACCAUCAGGUACAGAACUAAUGGGUUGUGGUGGAUCAGCUACAGUCUCUCACAGCAAUGCUAAUCCUAAGAGCUCAGUGACGGUUACUUGGACUGCUCCAGCAUCUGCAGGGACACUGGAUAUCAGGUAUACAGUGGUAGUGAGUAGGUCUCCACAAAGCAUUUAUUAUGCAAAUGUGGUUGCAGCCACUUUCAGACCUAGUGGAUCAUCAUGUACUCUUAACAGUCCUGCUACUAGUAGCUCUGUUGCUCCUACCAGUACACCUGCUCCUAGUAGCUCUACUCAAGGUAUGCCAUCAAGCAGUUCUACACCACCAACCAGUAGCUCUAUAUCACCAACCAGUAGCUCUGCCCCACCCUCCAGCAGUACCAGCUCAGUACAGCCUACAAAUCUACCUUCAGCCUGUCCUUCUACUGAUAAGAGUCCUUCCUCUGACUUUCCAAUUGUGUUCAAGUCACCGACUAAUUGUGACAGAACAUCCUGCACCUUCUAUUGGGCAAUGGGUCCUAAUUCAGGCAGUUCACAAUAUCUUGAUGUAUAUAUGGAGGGAACUGUUGAUGGAUGGAUGGCUGUUGGAUUCUCUCUUGAUCAAGCAAUGGGUAUGGAUGAUGUGUUGGGGUGUAAAAUAGAGAAUAAUGAUGUUACUGUAUUGGAUACAUGGAAUCCUAAUGGAUACAAUGCUAAUCAAGCUGACAGUAACUCAUCUGCUGGUAUAUGUACUCACUCUACCAGUUAUACCAAUGGGAGGAUGUCCUGCCUAUUCAGUCGUACUGUUAGUAUAACUAAUCAAGGACAGGACUACAAUCUUGAUUCAUCUUACUACAUAUUGAGAGCUUAUAGAACUAAUAGUCAGCCAGUAGUCAGUUUCCUAUACAAACACAGUAGUACUCCUACUCCUUCCUCAGUACAGUAUAAUCCAAUGAGAGACUCAACCACACCAGCACCUCCAAUUGAGGACUGCCCUCAAGCUCCACCAUCAGAUGCUACUUAUCCAUUCCGUGUUGGUAGUCCUGGAGAUGAUUAUUAUUUUGCUGCUAAUUUCAAUUCUGAUAAUAGCAGUUUCAUUGAUAUGCGGUUGGAGGGUAAAGCUGAUGGAUAUAUUGCUGUUGGAUUCACUGCAACAAGAGAUAUGUAUAAUGCAGAUGUUGUUGGUUGUAAGAGAGAUCCUGCUGAUGGCUCAGUAUCAGUCAUUGAUACAUGGAACCCAAGCACUCGCAGUAACCUCUUGGAUGCCAGCCAGUCAGGAAUAUGCAGACACACUGCAGACUAUAGCAAUGGAAGAAUCAGUUGCACGUUCAGUAAGUAUGUUGGCAUUAUUGAUAGUGGUCAGGAUCUGGAUCUUAAUACUACUCUUUAUCGUAUAUACAAUGCUUAUAGUCCAACUGGAGGUUUGGCUUCAGAAGGACUUUCUAGACAUACCAUCACUCCAUCAUUCUCAAGAGCUCAGACUAAUUUACUAACUGAUAUUAGAGAAGGAAGGACUGAAGAUGUUGAUACUUGGCCUAAACAACAACUACUGAAAACACAUGGUACUUUCAUGACUAUUGCAUGGCUGGCAUUAGCUAUGUCGGGUGCCUUCUUUGCUGCCUGGAUGAAACCAGUACUGCCUAAUGGAGAAUGGUUCAUAGUUCAUCGGAUACUAAUGGCUGGAUCACUCAUUGUUGGUAUACUAGGAUUCAUACUACCAUUCAUUGCACAUGCUAGGAGUCCUACCCCUGGAAUUAUUAGCUUCUCAUCUGAUGGUAAGAACACAGCUCAUUUUGUUAUUGGAAUCAUCAUAAUGUGCUUACACAUUGCUAAUCCUAUUAUUGCUGUUUUCCGCUGUAAUCCAAAAGGAGAAAAACGUUGGAUCUUUAACCUCUCUCAUGCCCACAUCAUUGGCUAUGCACUACUGGUCCUGUCCUUUAUCAAUAUUGCUCUUGGGGCCCACCUCCUUGAUAGAGGCAGCUUUGAAGUGGCUGGUUUCUACAUUGUCUUCAUUAUACUCCUCACAUUGUUCCAAGUGUUCCUGUUCAUCAUUCAUGCUUACAAUGCACGCAAAGCUCCAGAGAAAGAUCGUCCUGCUCUGGUUCACAGUCUAUUGAAGUAUAAGUAUCUGUUUGCAGCCAGUACUGGUGGAGAGCAUGAGAUGAAAAAUAAGAAGAAGGAAGAGGAAGAAAAGAAGGACACUGUAAAACCAGAAAAGAAGAAACCUCUCCCGAGUGCUUUAAUCCGUACCAGUUGGAUAGCAGUCAUUGGUCAUUUGGUUGCUGUCAGUGUCGCUGUACUGAUCAUGAUCAUAUUGAUUGCAAUUGCUUAAAGGUUUUGAAACUAACACACUUCUCCACGCAUGCAUGCAUUUCUAACCAUACUACACUUAUCCUUACACUACACUUAUCUUUUUUAUUUAGCUAAGCAUUUAUUUUGCUAUUUUUGUAUACUCAUAUUAAUUAUUUUUACCACCCUCCGUAAUUUAG